AUGAUUCACUUGUUUGUUGAAGCUCGCCGCCAAUGGGACAUCUUCUCUCAGGCGCCGACCGCCCCACAGCCCCAGGCGACGACAGCCGCGGCGCCGGCAGCCGGACACACGCCGACUGGAGCGGCGACGGCGGCACACAUCCCGGAUCGACCGCCCAAGACCUUCGCCGCCUGGACUCAACAGGUGACGGCGUACGAGGAGAAGCUGUUCGACGGGAAACGCCGCACCUUCCCUGUCCAGGAGCUCCUUGGCACUGAGGAGGUGUUGGCGCGGAUGUGGUUCGAACACACCGUGACCAAGAUGUAUACGCCGGUCACCCUCGGCGAAGUCCUAUGUCGCCGAACUUGGACGCCCGGCAGGAUGCUUAACCCCCUGGCCGGUGACCGGGCGGCGAAAUCCGCCGGAUCUAAGGCUCUGCGGCUGGAGCACGGCGCCCUGGUGCCCGCGGGGCCCUCUGAGUGGUCGCCGCGGGGCCUCCUCUCGACGAUCGACGGCGCCAACGCCGCCAGGUGGGCCUGGAUUCUCCUGGGGAUCGGCGAGGAGGCCGACGUGAGCAAAUACGCCGACUGGUUUGUGGCCAAGGCCAGGGCGCACGCCGACAUGGUUCCGGCGAUCCAGGCCUUCUGGCACAAGUCGGCGUGGACCAUCGCCAUGGCGCUCCGAAACAGCACCUCUUUCGGCGAGGCGGUGAAGGGUGUGAUGAACGACGUGGCGACCUGGCAGGAGAUCAUCAUCGCCAACGCCGACUACGACGACCGUGGCGCCUGGGGGGGCGGCAAUGGCCGAAAACGCCGUCGACCGGGCAAGCCUAAGGGCAAGGGCCGCGACGGCAAGGACCAGGACCCUGCGAAGAAGACGGACGCCGCCAACCAGCAGGACCAGGGCUGGUGGUCGACGAGAGGCGGCGGGAAGCAGCAGAACCAACAGCAGACAUGGUGGGGCCACGCCGGCGCCGAGCAGAGGCACCAGAACACCGACGGCGGAGACAGGCCGUGGAGGCGCCCGGGCGUACCCGACCGGACGCCGAAGAAGAUUCGACUGUCAGCUCGAGUUCCGCCCGGCGCCGAGGUGGACCGCGCGGCGAUUCAGGUCGCCGACUACCACACACCAGGGAUCAGACACCGCGGCGACCUCACGGAGUACACGCCGGAGGACCUGGCCGCCGAGAUCCAGCACAUCGACGGCCAGGCCGAGUGCAUUAUCAUCUUCGCCGCGGCGCCGCCCUGCCAGGACUUCUCACGGGUCGGUGAUCGUGACGGGCACGCCGGAAACCGCGGAUACCUUUUCAACUUCACGGCGGAGUUCCUGGACGAGCUUCGCCGUCGGCUGGCGCCACGACGAUUCGGCUUCCUGGUGGAGAAUGUCGAGAUGACGCCGGCCGACGCCGCGGAGGCAUCCAAACAGCUCGGCUGCCAACCGGUGUUCGCCGAUGCCGCCGACUUUGGAUGGAUUGGGCGGACAGCACCGGACAGCUUCGAUCUCGACGGCCUCAAGUUCUCCGACGCCGUGGCCUCUGGACGCAUUCGACUGCCGUGCUCUACCACGCCGGCAGCCGAUGAGAGGGGGAGACCACCGCCGAGAUCCAGGCGGGGCAAGGUCACGACGGAGGUCCAGCAGAGGUGGCUCCAGGACAGCCGCCAAUUUGCGCCGUGGCAUUACCAGCGUGACGCCAUGCUCGCCGAUGAUCAGGGGAAGCCGGCGGUUUUAACGCCGUGCGCCAAAGAACAGCUCCACCACAUGCCGAAGAACUUCACGGCGAUGACGGCGCAGGGCGAGCUGGAGCCUAGGACACGCCACCGCCUGCUGGGGAACGGCUGGCACUGGGGAGUCGCUCGCCGCUUGCUUUUGGCGGUGUUGGUCCACGCCGCGGCGUCGCUCCCAACGACGGUGGCGAUACCCACAGCACCGCCGACCUCGACUAUACAGUGG